AUGACCAAUAGGCAACUCCACAGUGUCCUCGGUGCUGAUCAACCAGCUCAAGACCUUUUCAGACAAGCCGUAUUCGAGACCAUAGUCGCGGAGCUCGGCACCGUGACAAAGGACGUGGUAAAGAAGUGGGCCCGAGUCUUCGAAGCGGUCUUUGCCCAUGAGACCAACCACCCAGGUUUUAGUCAGUGUGACUGUCUUGCCGUCGGCACUGUACAGGUCAGGCCUGGAUUCGGGAAGAUUUGUCCCCGAGAAGACGAGGCUGCGAAGAAAAAGGCUGCGAAGGAAAAGGCUACCAAGGAUAACGCCGACAAGGACGAUGCCGACAAGGACAAGACUGAAAAGAAGAAGAAGAAGAAGAAGAAGAAGAAGAAGAAGAAGAAGAAGAAGAAGAAGAAGGCGAAGAAUGCCGACAAGGACGCGGAAAAGGCUGCAAAGGACGACGCCGACAAGAACAAGGCUAAAAAGAAGAAGAAAAAGGACAAGGAGAAGGCCAAGAAUGCUGAGGCGACUAAAGAUGCAGAAGAGGAGCCGCCUGUAAACGCCGGACAGAGUGGCAAAAGCGGAAGGGGUGGAAGUGGAAAAGGUGGAGGUGCAAGAGGUGGCCGAGGCACAAAGAAAGGAUAA